AUGAAGGGCCCGCCGUGGUUUGAUCUGGAGCUCAGACGCCUGCUCAAACGACGAAAUCGGGCUUGGCAGUGGUUCCGAUCUACAUAUGAGGGUUAUGAUCUUUAUCGUAGUAUUCGUACCCAUGGUACCGAACAAAGGCGGAUAAAGCAGAUGGCUUUCGAGGAGGCCCUUGCGGUUGAUGCAGUGCGAGCACCCAAGUGCCUGUUUGCAUACAUGAAGCGCCGCACCAGAGCGAAUGUCUGUAUCCCGGCGCUGAUGAACACCGACGAAAUGGUUGCAACAGAUGAAGAAAAGGCUGAAACAUUAGCCAAGCAAUAUCUGUCAGUUUAUUCUGUGGAGACAGGUGUGCCAAUCCCGAUGGUGGAUGGCUUGCAGCUGUUCAUUAUGCAUGAUUUUGGGAAGCCGGAAGUGAAUAAGAUGCGCAAUUUCUUCAAAGCCCAUAAGUCUCCGGAACCGGACGAAGUGCAUCCGUUGAUGUUGAAAGAUAUGCGGGACCAACUAACUACACCACUGACGCGAUUGUCCAAUUUAUCGUUGGCCACUGGUAAUCUACCCCGGGAUUGGAAAAAACAGUCGUUGUUAAUUACGAAUCGUAAUUAG